AUGGAGCAUGGAAACAUCACAGAAUUUAUCUUUCUGGGACUAUUUACAGAUAAGGCAGUGAAUGCUCCCUGCUCUGUGCUGUUCUCCCUGACCUACCUUGCAAUUGUCUCAGGAAACCUGGUCAUUCUUCUCACCAUCAAGGGCAGCCACCUUAGUGAGCAGCCCAUGUAUUUUUUUCUCAGCUACUUGUCCUUCAUGGAUGUCUGCUUCACUUCCACAGUGGCCCCCAAACUGAUCCUAGACUUAUUGACUCAAUGGAACACCAUCUCCUUCAAUGGCUGCAUAGCCCAGAUGUUUUAUGCUCACUUCUUUGGUGCCACAGAAAUCUUUGUCUUGGUGGCAAUGGCCUAUGAUCGCUAUGUAGCCAUCUGCAGACCUCUUCAUUACAUGGUCAUCAUGAGUAGACAGGUGUGCUAUGUUCUCCUAAUGGCAUCUGUUCUAGGAGCUUUUGUCCAUUCCUUUAUGCAAGUACUGAUUAUUAUUGAACUUCCUUUCUGUGGUCCCAAUCAAAUCGACCACUAUUUCUGUGAUAUCUUUCCCUUGUUGAAGCUGGCCUGCAUGGAUACCAGGCUUUUGAUGAUCGCUGUCAUUACCACCACAGGGGUGUUAUCUAUUCUGACCUUUGUGGCCCUAGUGAUUUCUUACAUUAUCAUCUUGUCCACCUUGAGGACUCGCUCAUCCGAGGGGCGCCGCAAAGCCCUGUCCACCUGUGGCUCGCACAUCACCGUGGUGCUCAUGUUCUUCCUGCCCCUCAUCUUCACCUAUGCACCCAUGGCUGAUUCUGUCAGUGAUGACAAGGUGUUUGCUCUGUUCUAUACCAUGAUCGCCCCCUUGUUCAAUCCUCUCAUCUACACCCUGAGGAAUGCAGACAUGAAGAAUGCCAUGAGGAAAGUGUGGUGCCAACAAAAGCACUUCAAAGGGAAUUGA